AUGCAACUUGUUGAUCUUGAUACAGAUGUUAACCGAUACUUAUCGGAGCCUGAGAGACGCAUCUUCCAUCCAAAUUAUACUUCUCAUUCCAUCACUUUACGCAGAUUACUUUCGCACUCAGCUUCGAUCUAUGUCAAUCCUCAAGUACGAAAUACUUAUUAUCGACCGAAUGAUGAUGUAUUCAAUGAAUCACUGGCUGAAUUCUGUUUCAAAUAUGUGAACCCAAAUACACCGUACUGGUUGCCAAAGCCACCAGGCACUGUGACAUCGUAUUCAAACGAGGGUACAGCUCUGGCUGCAUUGGUUGUUGAACGAAUAACAAACAUGUCCUAUAUCGAUUAUGUCAAACAAAAAGUUUUAGCACCAUUGGGCAUCGACGUGACGAAAGUUGGUGUUCGUCUGGCUGACUUUGUCAAUACAGAAGACUUUGUGAAACAUUAUGUUUAUGCAUUGAAUUCAUCUCAUCUCAUAUGGUGGAAUCGACAAAUACCACAAUUACAUAUCACACAAAUUCCGGGCAAUCUUCCCACUUGGCUUCAUAUUUCACAUUUUGGUUUCAGUCCUUAUCCUUCUGCUCUCUUACGUAUGUCAGCACGUACUUUAUCUGUGUAUCUUCAGAUGUUUCUCAACAAUGGAUCUAAUAUUCUUCAUUCUCUAUCCAUUGCUGAAAUGCGAAUAGUAGUCGGCGGUGGUCUCAUAUCACCUUACAACCAAGGUUUGGCGAGUAAUUCGACCGGGCGACGAUUACCAUCAGAAUUUGGUUUGGCUUGGUAUUGGUAUACGAUGAGUAAUGGUCGUCGAUAUAUCGGUCAUACUGGUGCGAUACCAGGUGUGUUACAUUUAAUGCUAGUAAAUGAAAAGAAUAAUUUGGGUGUCAUUGUUCUUUCGAAUGGAGAUGCCACUGAGCCAACUGAUCUGUCGAAAGAGAUUAUCGAAACAGUAGAAAGAAUUCACAUGACACUUUUUGAAUGUUUUGAUGUCAAUCUUGGUCAUGCAUCCGCCUUUCGAACAAAAAAAACUCUUGUUAAAUAUUUUUUUGCUAUUUUUCUUAUUUUUGAUACUUUUGUAUAG